ACCUGGAAAGCCACUAGAUACGCGGGCUGCGACAGAAGCUGCAGGCAGCCCCAAGGUCUUUCCAGCACCGCGUAAUCGCCGCCUCCGGCCGGAGAAAUACGAGCGAAAGGGAAAGAGCUCCCCCUACCCCGGCUCAAAAGGAGGGCGGCCCCCUUCUCCACCACACAGAGCCGCCCAUGCAGGCACCCAACAUGGCCAAGCACGUUUUCCUUACGGGACCGCCAGGAAUUGGAAAAACUACAUUGAUCCAGAAAACCGUUGAAGUUUUAAAAUCAUCUGUCGUUCCCAUUGAUGGAUUUUACACAGAAGAAGUGAGAGAAGGUGGCCGGAGAAUAGGAUUUGAUGUUGUCACUCUAUGUGGAAGAAGAGGAGUUUUAUCUAGGAUUGGCUCAAGCCACUCAGUGCCAAGGCAUGAAUACCAUGUUGGCCAAUAUGUUGUAGACCUAGCCUCAUUUGAACAGUUGGCUCUUCCUUUGUUAAGAAAUGCUGAUUGUGACAACAGUGGAGUGAAAAAAGUCUGUGUAAUUGAUGAAAUUGGUAAAAUGGAACUCUUCAGCCAGUCCUUUAUUCAAGCUGUCCAUCAUAUUCUGAGUGGCUCAGCAACUGUGAUACUUGGAACGAUCCCAGUGCCUAAAGGAAAGCCUUUGGGGCUUGUGGAAGAGAUCAGAAAUAAAAAAGAGGUGAAGGUCUUCAGUAUUACAAGGGAGAACAGAGACAGCGUGUUGCAAGAUGUUGUGGCAGCUGUGCAGAAUUGCCUAAAAUGAGGAGUUCUUUGAAUUCAUACCAUCUCAUGAACUCUUGAUGGCUCAGCACGCCUCUUCUUGAUGUCUGUGGGACUUCAUUGACUUUGACUACGGAAAUACGAGCAGUAGUAUUUCACAUCUAAGUUAACAGAUAAAAUAAGAAUAUUCACAAAUACUAGAUAAUUAAUCUUGGGCUCUGGAAUCAGUUUCUUAGAUUAUUUUCUUUAUUAUACUUAAUGAAAAUCCAGACUCUGAGUUAGGUUAACUUUGACCCACUUGAAUAGUGGAAGUGGGCUUCCAUUUCGUCACAGUGGAGCUGGGCUCAGAACUUUCCCUUGUAUAGCAGGUAAAGUUUCCCAAACAUUUCAUGUUUGGGAAACUUUAUUUCAUGUUGAGUUCAGUCCUACCUCUUUGCUUAGCUAAAUGCAGAGUCUUCCUCUAGCAGAUGAAUUCUUCUUCCAGUGGAAGGCUCUGUACUUUCCUAAGUGAUAGGAUCUAUUCCAUUGUCUCUUCUUUGAUAUAUCACAAACACAAGCUCUGUUCAAGUGUGUGGUAGGUGUGUGCCCAAGUCAUUUGUGAAAUGCUUUUCAUCAUGAAUAUUGGCAAUUAAUGGUAGACAGAUAAAUCAGUUUCAUUUACUAUCAAGGUAAGUACAGUGCAAAAGAUAGGGGCCGCAGAAGCUUGGGGCUCUACAAUUUUUUCCGGUGUCAUUUUUAGGCUGAUGUUUUAAAAAAUGGGCUAAUUAUUUUGCUUAUGUGGUGGCUGAUGAGGAUUCUGUAUUCUGGUUAUUUCAGGUUUUCCUAUAGCUCUUUUUUACUCUUCUUUUAUUUCUAUAGUCAUUUCCUAUAUUUCCAUUGAUCUACAUUCAAAGAUAUUUCCUACACAGAAAUGGAUUUUUCCUCUAACUUCUGCAUUUUAUGGUGCAAAUUGAACAAACUGUGCCCUCUAUUGCUUAACAAUAAUUGUUUGCUUUUGCAAUCCUUUGUCCCAUUUCCAGUUAAUAAAGAAACUGCAACUGACUGUGACACAGCUUGCACCCUGCAAGGGUUACGAAUGGUUUUCAGCAAAAACAUUUACCACUUAAUCAGUUUUGCAUGUCAUGAAAGUUAAAUUCCCAGCCAGGUGUACAUUUGUUUUCCUAUGCUGCAGAGUGUUCCUUGGCUCCAGCAAAAAUUAUAAAAGAAUGCAGCCCCUUUCAUUCCAUAUUCUUGUGUGUGUGAAGUGCAACUACUGUUAAAUUAAAACAUUCCUUGGUUGAAGGAAUGUGGAAAGUCCCAUUGUCUUAAGAGCCCGUUAUUUUGAACACCAGGUUAUAAUUAGUUUACAAAAGAAAAAUUAUUAGAUAUAUAUUUUUCAUGGGUCUACAGUAUUGCUCAGUUUCAUAGAUGUUGUAAUGCAAAGGGUCUGUUUAGUUACCAUAUUUGUCAUGAAGACCUUUCUGCAGAUCCAACUGGCCAGUUAGUUGAUUUUCCUUAGUUUCUUUAAUGAGAGUUUUUUCCUUGAUCUUGGCUCUUUUCAAGAAUACAACAUACCCAUGAUACACAUAUACAUCUACUUCAAUCCUGUUUGACAUGUUUAGUAAUGAAGGGAGAAACUGGAUUAUUAAGAUGAACCUAAUGUUUAUAGUUAGUCUUAAAAAACUUCUCAGUAGUUUUAUGAGACCUUAUGUUGACAGUAGAAUCUUGUCUGGUGCCUGCAUUUGGAAAGGCUCAUGAGCACUGUGAUAGGAAAGAAACAAUCAUUCAUCAAACGUUUGGUAAGGAUGGUCUCUAGUGCACACAAUAGCUCUCCAGAGUUCCUGAUUACUGUUUUGUUGCACCUGCAAAUUUUAAUUGGGAUAACAGGAAGACGAUAGUUUGCGUAUGGUUUCUCUGCAAGCCCAAAACUCAAGGCUACUAGUUACAUAGGUCUGUUGCAAUGCAAGCCAACAAGUGUCCAGAUGGGUGUGAGUAAACACAGGCUGCAUUAUUCAACAUGUGUUGGUCUUUUUCAGUUAUACUCUUUGGAUUAAUUUCUAAUGUUUAAAGUUCUACAAAUUUAAUAAAAGGAUUUUGGAAAGAUGAUAGAAGUUUAAAAUACAAGUUAAAUCACCUAAUAGAAACAUAUGAGGAGAAAAAAAUGUAACUAAUAUAUAGUCAUCAAGAAUUCUAGUAAUGCUAGAAUCACCAUUCUUCAGUUCUUUUUACUUUUUUACCUCAGUACGCAGUUUGCUUGCUGAAGAAAAAGCCAGGAAUGGCUGUGAAUUGGCAAAUUGGUAUGAUAUUUCAAACCUUUGCUCAGCCAUUGACUGACUAGUCUUGCAUAAGUCAUUAUCUUUUGGCCUGAGUUUCCUAUCUAUAAAAUAGGAAUGAUGAGCUCUUGACACAGGAUGUUGGUGUUUCCUGGAACUAGUUUGCUGAUUUAAUAUUCAGAAAAUCCCAUUGGGUACUUAAAUGUGAGGGUGGUUUUCUUUUGAAAAAAAUUCUAUUUUUAAGGUGAAAUGGGCUUGUAAUAGAAACCAAUGUUAUAGUCUGCCUUUCCUUUUGUUUCCUUUCCUCAUUUGCCUAUCUAUUCCUCUAUAAUACGUUAUCUCCCUUGUAAUUUGGAAUUAUUAUGAUUUUUAGCCCAAAUAAGCCUUCUGCUUCAAUUUUUUUCCAGAAUACUAUAGCUAAUUUCUCUUUUUCUCUUAGUCUUCAUCAGCCUGUGAUAUCAUUCUGUGACAUUACAGCAACCUCAGCAUCCCCACACAGAUGCAAAAGGAAUUUCAUAGUUCAUAAAACAUGGUAGAGAAGUAUUUCUACAUUUCCAGCAUCAGAUUUUAAGUGUUUUAGAUUGAAAUGCAAUUGUAUUUGUCAAUGAACAAUCACUGAAAAUAUAUUUUAAGAGAUUGAGGUAGUUGUUGAUUCACCAAUAUCUUCAGGAUUCAAUUCUUGCAAGGUGGUGAAAUGACUGAUGAAAAUUUAGUUGAACCUACACUGAUUUUGCUAGAGAUUCCAAGGCGGGGGGACUCAUAGCUCAGUAUCAGAGAGCCUACUUUGGACACAGAAGACCCCAGCUUCAAUCCCUGGCAUCUCCAGUUACUACUUAAUAAGAUUUUGAAGAGCAAGGUUUGGAAAGGACUGUCCCUGCCUGAGACCUUGGAGAGCUGCUGUUAAUCAGAACAGCCAGUUGUGAACUAAAUGGGCCAGUAGUGUGAUUAUACAAAUCAACUUUAUUGUGUUGACUUGACAGAACAAUUGUCCAGAUUAGUGAAUAGAAACUUUUUUCUGAUGUAGUGGCAAUCUGUUACAACUUUUCACUUUUGGACUACCUUCUGCACGUGCGCUACCAAGGUCUUGAUUUCUUCUCCUUUAGAAUCUUAGAAUCCCUGCUUUUCACCUUAGUUUUGGUGACCAUUCCCUGUUUUCUUGGCCUCUAGUUAAACAUUGCUUCAAAGAUUUCUUCCAUUGUAAUGCAAAAGAGCUACCAAUGCAAUCUUUGUAAGUAAUCCCUAAAGACGGCCUUCCUGGUUGCAUUAACUUCAGUGAGCUGGCAAAAAUAUUGAUUUAUUCAAGAAUAAUUAUGAUACGCUAUGGCAACAAAUUGAUAAGGACAUGUUGAAUUGGAACAAGAUGAAUUUGUCAUGGCUAGGACGUAUUGCCAUUAUUAAGAUGAAUGUGUUGCCGAGGAUUAUGUUUUUAAUGCAAACAAUACCAAUUGUGAAAGACAAUAAGCAAUUUGAAAAAUGGCGAAGAAAGAUGUUGAGCUUUAUGUGAGCAGGGGAAAAGCCUAGAGUGAAGAUGAAGGUAUUAUACGAUGCCAAGGAAAGGGGUGGAUUACAAUUACCAAAUUUAAAAUUAUAUCAUGAGGCUAUAUGUUUGGUAUGGUUGAAAGAAUGGAUGUUAUUGAAAAAUCAUAAACUAUUGACUUUGUUUUUUUUAAUUAUUAUUAUUAUUUAUUUUUAAUUGCUAACAACAAAGACUACAAAAAAGGAAAGGGAAAAAGGGAACAGGGAGAGGGAAAAAACAACAUAUAAAAAACACAGUACAUCUACAAGUAUUGUAUUCCCUUCAUAAUACAAUUAUUUAAAGUUAAACUUUCUAAUAUGCUAUUAGAUUGGUAGAUCUUAUAAAAUACAAACUACAGUCAGGAUCAGGUCUUCUUCUCCCCCCCCCCCCGGGUCUCGGUCUCAGUUCUCUCUGAACAGCUACAAUAGCUGUGCUCACUCACUCCUCCCCACUCCCCCCUUCAGAUUCUAAGUCUUCUUCUUGCUGGAACUCUUGUUGAUUAAACACAAAGUCCCUCAGCUGUACUUCCGAUAUUAUCUUGUAGGCUUGGUCUUUAUAUCUGAACCAGAUGCCUUCCGGAAAUAACCAUUUGUAUUUUAUUUCACGCUUCCUCAGAAGAGCUGCAAACCUUUUAUAUUUGAAUCUUCUUUUCCAAGCUAAAAAUGGAACGUCCUUCAAUAUCUUAACCUUGUUACCCAGAAAGUCCAAGUCCACAUUGUACGAGUUAUAUAAGAUGGUGUCCCGAGUCUUCUUAGAUGAAAAAUCAAUAAUAAUCUCACGAGGCAGCUGACACUUCGUUGCAUAUUUUGAAGAUGUCUGACGGACUUCCAGACUAUUGACUUUGGAAGGAUAUAAUAAACUUUUUGGAUGGCACGCAUACUUGUGGUAUGGAAAGACUAAAGCUGAUGCUAUGUUUCUACACCAUUUUGUGAGACGGAGCUUAUUUGCAGUUUGGACAAAAUAUAAGAGAUACCUAGAAGAGAAGACUCCUAUGUGGAUUAUUCCAGCGGAAGUUGUGAACCCUAAGACGGAGUAUGAGGGGGAGGAGUGGUUGACAUAUAAAGAAAUUCUUAGAGUGGAUCAGAAUGUAUAUACUAUUAAAGCUAAUGAAGAGCUGUUAUUUCAGAAUGGUUGGUUUCAAUAUAGACAGAUAAAAGAUUUGUAUGAUACAGACGGAAGAAAAGUAGGA